ACGGAACCACCACCACCACCCGCGUGCGCUCGCCUCCCACAACUAAAUCUAAACCACGCUCUCCCACCAACGGCCACUUCUCGCUCUCCCCGGAUUCCGACAUGCUCAAGAAGAAGCCGGCGGCAGCCGCAUUCCCCGCCUAGAAAACUCGUCGCCGACGCCCAUUUCCUGAAAUGGACGGCGGCGGAUGCAUUGGGCGUGCUGCGCGACCACCCCAUGCCCUGCGCCUUCGCCGUCUCCCUCUUGUUCUUCAUGGCCGUCGAGUACACCCUCCGCAUGAUCCCGCCCAUGGCGCCGCCGUUCGAUCUGGGCUUCGCCGCCACCGCCACGCUCCACCGCCUGCUCGCCGCCCGCCCCGCGCUCAAUACGCUUUUGGCUGGCCUCAACACGGUAUUUGUUGGGAUGCAGACAGCAUAUAUAAUAUGGACGUGGGUAAUUGAGGGGAGGCCCAGAGCCACCAUCUCAGCACUCUUCAUGUUCACAUGUAGAGGAAUUCUUGGAUACGCCACACAGCUCCCUUUGCCUCAGGGAUUCUUAGGGUCGGGGGCGGAUUUUCCGGUGGGGAACGUGUCGUUUUUCCUGUUCUAUUCAGGGCACGUUGCAGCCUCGGUGAUCGCAUCGCUAGACAUGAAACGGAUGCAGAGGUGGGAACUGGCGUAUGCAUUCGACACCCUCAACGUGUUGCAAGUGAUUAGGUUGCUGACUACGAGGGGUCACUACACGAUCGACCUGGCCGUGGGCGUCGGGGCGGGGAUGCUGUUCGAUUCCCUCGCCGGGAAGUAUGUAGACAGCAAGAACACCAGAGCAGCUGCAUUGUGUAAUGGCAAUGGGAGUGCUGCCUUGUACAAGUCUCCCAAGUGAAGGGAAUUUGUGUAUUACAUCUUAAACCGAGUUGUUGAAAUGCAUGAUUGUGAUGAUCACACAAUUCAAGCAUUUGGUUCAUGUAUAAAACCCAUCUGAGUUCAGCCUAGAAGAUGUAAGAAUGUUAAGCUUAGUCUUUACCUAAUCACACAAGAAUACGCGACGAAUCUAGAAUUUGUGUACAUUCUGCUGCAGGGUGCAUUUGAUUAUGCAUUAAUAAAUUCGAUUAGGAUA